UGGAACAGAGGCUUCUGAACCUUUCAGCAUUGCGAUGUCAUAGCGUCAUGUCAUGUGAUAGUGCUAAAAGAAAAACGCUCCCUGGCCCAAACCUCCCUCUUUGACAAUAGUUAAAGGUACAAGAAUUGUGCUGUGUGUUGCUUCUGUUCACUUUAUUACAGGGCUGGUAUUUAGACAUGUGUUUUCCUGCCCAUUCACUUUUUGAAGAAAUGUUUAGAAUGCCUUGGGCAAGCACCUUGUCCUUGGCUUGGGUAGCUCUCAUUUCUCUCCCCCCCCCCUUAAAAUAGCAGAACGAGCAAAGUUGAUUGUAAACGGUACCUGUUCCAUUACAGGGGAGUUUGGUGAAGUCUACAAAGGGCGCCUCAAACUGCCUGGCAAGAGAGAACUCUAUGUGGCUAUUAAGACACUAAAGGCUGGCUACUCUGAGAAGCAGCGGCGGGAUUUCCUGAGUGAGGCCAGCAUCAUGGGUCAGUUUGAUCAUCCAAACAUCAUUCGGCUAGAGGGGGUGGUCACCAAAAGCCGUCCAGUGAUGAUUAUUACAGAGUUUAUGGAAAAUGGUGCCCUGGAUUCCUUUUUACGAGUAAGUAUGACUUUCUUUCUUUUUGAAGUGAUAAUGAAAUUGGAUCGAUUUAAUGAGGCCAGCUCUUGUGGAGGUGUUCACUGUGCAAUUCGGCCAUGCAAAUGCAGGAGCAUGCCUUUCCCUCCAAAUUAAAUCGUCCAAAACAACAAUGACAUCCUGGCCUUAAUGUAAUUAUUGCUAAAUCUGUUUGGAAGUUGCCCAAAUGUUUACUGCAUUUUGUAGCAACCCAGCUGAUAAGUAUUUUAAACAGAUUUUAUUGAUUUUUCUAUGUUUUUAGCAGUUCUUGUUUUUAUCUUGAGUUCUGUCAGGGAAAAGGGCAGGAUAUAAAUAAUCACCAUCAUCCCAGGACUGUUAAAUGGUCUCCAACUCUCCUUCUGACGCCAAUGGAGAGCUUCUCCUGCUCUUGGACCAGCCUUGCCCAUUCUGGUGCUCUCAGGAAGUUUUGGACUCCAACUGCCAUCAGCCUUAGCAAAAUGGCCAAUGGUCAGGGAUGGUGGGAGUUGUAGUCCAAUAAGAUAUAGCGUAUACCAGGUUGAUGUAGGUUGCCAUAGUAGGCAAUGGCUUUUUCCUUGAGAUUCCUUCAUUGGUCCUUCCUUUUCUCAAUUCUUUUCAUUUACUGCUCAUAUUUUCGUUGCCACUCCAUCUCUUCCACUUACGCUUUCAUUAGAAUUAGUUUCCAGUCUAUUGCCUGUUCUUUCUCCUUCCUUCAGCUACUGCUUCUGAGAUUUCCUAUCAUCUCUUGGGACCUCUUUCUUCACAUUUCCCCAAAAUUAGCCUCCCUAUCUGGCCAAAUAGAUCUCUGUUCCUUAGAGCCCGUAUUGUAGGAUACUAUUCCCAGCCUGGAUUCUUUGAAUACAGAGGAAUGCUAAUUCUUUCAUUUAACUUUCACUGACACAGCAAAAUGAUGGGCAGUUUACAGUCAUCCAGUUGGUGGGGAUGCUGCGAGGGAUCGCAGCUGGUAUGAAGUACCUUGCAGAAAUGAAUUACGUCCACCGGGACCUUGCAGCCAGAAAUAUCCUGGUCAACAGCAACCUGGUUUGCAAAGUAUCUGACUUUGGCCUGUCACGUUACUUACAAGAUGACACCUCAGACCCAACUUAUACCAGCUCUUUGGUAAGUACCUGUUCACAUAUCAUGUAUGUAAGAACUCACAUGGAGGGAGAUGUGCAGUUUCCAUCAAUUCACUUUUAGUCAGUGAUAACAGCUGCAACUAUGCAUUGGCCCUCUUCUAAUGAUUUCCAUACAAAAUGGUUUUAGUUGAAUAUCCAUUCCAAUAUUUAUUGCAGUCAUAAUUUGUUGUAUGGUGAUUAUGAAGACCAAGGUCAUAUUGGAGACAUAUUUCAAGGGAGGCUUGGUCCCAAAGGAACUAUAUUUUGAAUGGGAAAUAGAGAGGAAGGGAGGAGAGAAAAAGUAUCGGCCUAGGAACAUGAGCAAACAGGUGAUCAUAGCAGAUGGCAAGUUCAAGGGAACAGCAAAAUAGUACUUAUCACUGACACUUGUGAUAGGCUCAGCACAGCAGCCACUUCGUAGCCAUUCAGCUUAAUGAAAUUUUUGAAGACACUGGAUAUGUGCUUUUUCAGAAGCAUACAUUGUUGCCGAAACAAUGCACAGCUUCCUCUAUCACUUUUCAGAUUGUCAACAGCUCAUUAAGUCCAGGUUCUAAUACUGAAGUGUAUAUUGACUCUCAGUGUAUAUUGUAAAAGCCAUGAUGUCACCUAUUAAGUGGAUGAAGGUAUUUUACUGUGUGGUUCAUACAGUGAACUCUUGCUUUUUAAUGAAGGGAGGAAAUGCAGAAUUCACAAGAAAUUCAAAACACAGUUACAACAGCACUGUGGGAUUUUGCAGUUCUUGAUUUAAGAUAUGUCUUAGAGUUAAUUCUCCUAAGAAAAGUUUGGUGGUUUUUCUUGGCAAGAGGCCAUAUUGUCUUGGCUGGCCUCAACAUCGUUUGCAGUCUUAGCAGACCUUUCAGACUCCACAGUUGAUUCAAAUGGCUUCUUCUGAUGUCUUGCUGAGACUUGAAGGCAAAAGUGAGUGUUUUCAAGCAACACCAAUACUGAUGACCAGCAUCUACUGAUCCUUGGCAGCAGCCCUUAGUGUGCUCUAUUUAUCGUGUCAGAAUUCCAGAAAACAAAGCUGGAAAGCGUCUAUUACAUUUUUAUCCCUCCUUUUCUCCAAGAAUCUCAAAGUGGCGCACUUCAUUCUUUUCCUCCCAUUUUUCUCCUCACAACAACCCUGUGAGGUAUGUUAGGCUGAGAGACUGCGACUGGCCCAAGGUCAGUGGGCUAUCUAAUUGGCUUUAAGUCAGGAUAUCCUAAAGCACUGGUGAUUGAUGCCUGUGAAAACAUUUUUGUUGCUUUGAACUGCUCAAAAUUUCACAAUUCUCUGAAAAGUUUGUUCCAGCACUGAAUAGUAUUUUCCUAAAAUCAUUCAACUUAAAAUCUUUCUUCCUAUGCCUUAUACUUUUUAAGGCUAGGUAUAUGUUUCAUAGUAGCUCAGUUUUAAAACUUCCGCUUUAUUAAACAGAACUGGACAUGACAUUUUCAUAAGGUUUUUUUUAAUGAUGGUGAUGCAAAUUGCUGAGGAAAUGUAGGAAACUGAUUUUAAUAUUGAAAAACUGAGAGAAACCAACAUUGACAGAUUCAGCCAUCGCUGGCCUGCUCCACAAUCCCCCAGUGGGCUUUGUGGCUGAUUUAGGAUUUGAACACAGGUAUCCCUAAUCUUAGUAGGGGCAUGGGUGACGCUGUGGGUUAAACCACAGAGCCUAGGACUUGCCGAUGAGAAGGUCAGCAGUUCGAAUCCCCAUGACAGGAUGAGCUCCUGUUGCUCGGUCCCAGCUCCUGCCAACCUAGCAGUUCGAAAGCACGUCAAAGUGCAAGUAGAUAAAUAGGUAUUGCUCCAGCGGGAAGGUAAACGGCAUUUCCGUGCGCUGCUCUGGUUCGCCAGAAGUGGCUUAGUCAUGCUGGCCACAGGACCCGGAAACUGUAUGCCGGUUCCCUCAGCCUAUAGAGCAAGAUGAGCGCCGCAACCGCCGAGUCGGUCACGACUGGACCUAAUGGUCAGGGGUCCCUUUACCUUUACCUUUAUUCCCAAUCUUGGUCUAACCACUACAGCACAUAAAAGAUAAUGGCCACCUUAAUAGAUGCUGUAGAAAAACCUUUAAUAUGUGUUCCAUUAAUUUAGAGGGUGUAGCUAAGUGGGUACUGUCUGUUCCAGAAUUCCCUUCUCAGCACAUCAGAUCUUUAACCAACAUCCUGCCAAACAAGCAGCAAGACACAAUUUUUGAAAGGUCCAGUGAAGUGGGAAAGGUCCUUGCUUCAAGAAGUUUUGGGGUCUUGACUGUGACAUUUAUACCUGACACUGGAGAGAUUAGAACAGGAUCACAAGCAUACCAUAGCGGUGUUCACUUGCAGAGCGAAUACCAGCGACUGAGCCAGAAACAAGGAGACAGCUGGUGUUAGUUGGUAUGAAUUUCACUGGAUCCGAAAAGCCACUUUCCAGUGGUUGCAAAUCAGUGGCAUAGGUGCCCUUGCAGUCAUUACAGCCAGGCCAAUUUACACCAGCUGAGAAUCCUUGAAUCAGCCAUCCAUGGCUUAACUGGGAGUUCAGUUUCCUCCCCAGGCUGCACACUGCGGCCCAUUUAAGUAAAUCAAUGUGAGUUUAAACUGCCCGACUCUGCCUGCCUGGAUUGAGCAUGAAGUGGCCUCUCCCACCUCUGGAGAAAAAGCAGAUUUUCUCAUCUGUAUUUUUAUAGUUAAUUUAUGCCACAAAUGGCCUUCCCAGCAGCUGGGAAAUGAUGCACUGCCUGCAAUUACAUCACAGCCUCCCACGGCAGGUUCAUAGCUCUGCUCUGGGGAAAAGGUAGGCAAAAACAACCUUCAAGCAAAUCUCUCCUCUUUUGGUUAUUUAAAUAGAGCUUUUAUUACAACAACCAAAUCUGUUUUGCCAUCCAUCUUUGAAAAGCAGCUGAAAACUAGAGCAAACAAUUCCUCCCAGAGUCAGUGUCUUACUUUGUCUGUGUUUCUCUUCUUCCUCCCAUUAGUUUUAAUUAUGGCAUGAAUCAUUUACAUGGAAACAAGAUAAUUGUUUUCUAACACUUCACAUGCUCCGGCUGCUGCUUAUUGCACUCCUCACUCUUCCAUUGUGACAUGGCAGUCCUUACCCAUCAAAUAGGUCAUAAUGGUGUCUGCCUCCUGUUGGAGAGUCACUGGCUUAGAUGAGAGGCACACUGCCAUACAUGGGAUGAAUGCAAGGUUUUAAUCUUCAUGCACAUUGAAGAGAUAUUUUGAGUGGGAAGCUCUCUCCGAUCUGAUAAAUUUAUUAGGAUUAGGCAAGCUGUCUCAUCCUCCCUUUGUACAGGUGAGAUAUUAUCCCAGUCACCAGUCUUAGGGUAAGUGUAAGGCAACCAAAUCCUCCAUUUGAUAUGCUAGUGAAAUUUGCCAGAGCUAGACUCAGAAACCAGCUUUGGGGGCUCAAGACGCCUACUCCAGAUGAAGUGUGGAAAUGAAUUUCCUCACAGCUUUCUCUCCCCUCCUUCCAAUAAGUCCUGCCCCCACUCCAUUGGUGUAGCAGCCAAGAGAGGGGUAUAUAUAUUCCAACAUACUGAUGUGCUGAUAAGGGUUGUAGGAUGGGUGCCUGUAUAUAAUUUUUACAUGUGCCUUAGAUUAGCUCAGAAAACUAACCCUUUCCCCUGAUUUUUUGAGCGGGUGAGGGGAAGAUAAGAUAAUUAAAGAAUCAAUUCAAGACAAUGAGUCAACACAGCUAAUGGGUUCUGGAGAGCUCACCCAUCCCUUGUUCCUACCAAUAUUCCCAAUAUCAAUAGCAACUUUUAACAUGUUUGCUUUAACGCUUAAACAUGCUCACUACUGCUGCUCACCCCUCCUACUAUUGCUGGGCAUCUCUGAUUCUCCCCUGGUGCCCAGUUACUCCAGCACUUUCUUUCCCAAGACCAUGGUUUUACCAUCUUCAUUUCUUUGAUGAUCUAGAUAUUUGAAAUACACACUCAACAAGAUUCAAAUGAGCAUGAACAGCACCAUCACCUUGAACUCACUUUGUCAACUUCUGCACUAGUAUAGCUUAGAUCAGGGAAACUGAAGUUGAUUGAGCUGUAUGAAAUGCAAAGCGCUGGUGGGAAUCUGCAUUUAAACCAGGAGAGCAGGGUUCAAAAAAGUCCCCUGCUGUGCACACAAUCCCUCCACUGUUGCUGUAGUAACCAUUAAGACAUCAAAAGCACAUUCUCAAUCUUCUGGUUUUAAAUAGGUCCCUUCCGAACAUUCUGACAGUAGGUAUCUUUUGUAGCUACGCUGAGAUGUGCUCACUCAGAGAGGCAUGUUUGCUGACAUGCCCUGAAAUAUAAUGAAAGGGAACCCACAUUAGUUGCCUCCUAGAAUUGGACAAAUAUAAUUUCAAACCGAGCUACCAAAGUAUGUGUUGCUCCUCAUCUGGUGUAUUUGUGAUGAGCUGUCAUCUUUGCGCCAAGGGCAACUCCACUUCCUUGCCCUUCGCUUGCCAUCUUUCUUAGGGGAAGAGGCCCGAAGCAAAGGAAGUUUGCCUGUGCCACAAUAGAAAACUGCCAAGGGUAAGGAAGUGUCACUCAGGAUAAAACCCUGAAGGCCAUAGUUUCUACUUGAUAUGCAAAGAGGUGCAGAGAAACAGCUGUUGCUGUCAGCCUUUGACGUCUGCUUUUGGGACUAGUAAGUGUGAGAGCACCUACAUAUUCCCUGCAGGAAACAUGCUGUCCUUUCCAAAACACUUGAAUGUUCCUUGGCAUUCAUGGGAAUGAGAUUUUGUUACUUUAGUUAGUGUUUACAUUUAAACAUCGCAGCUGGAAUAAAUGUCAUAAUGUUAUUUUUCUCACCACAAACGUCACAUGCAGCAAAUAACCUGUGCCUCCUUCAAGGUGCAUGUUCAGGAACAAGGUAAGUAUAUAAGCUAGGGCAGGGAUGGGAACCACCUGUGGCUCUUCAAAUAUGUUUGGACUCCAACUCUCAUCACCCCUGUGAGAACAACCAAUAGGCAGGGAUGAUGGGAGUUGUAGUCUAGCAACAUCUGAAGGGCACCCGGUUUCCCAUCCCUAAGCUAAAGCCACAAACCUAGACUUAUUCUUGGACACACAGACCUAAACCAGUUUUGUUGCUGUUCAUGGAAUCAUGGGAAUUACGUUUCUGAGAAUGGAAAAACUACACUUUCUAGGGUCCAAGGUGUAAAAUAUGGCAAGCUGGUUCAAAAGCCAACUGUAAUCUAGUCAUUGUCCGUCUAGCUACUCUUUGGUGUAUUCCUUUUGCUCUCUGAACCUGUCACUUUACCAAGGAGAAUAAUAACAAUGUCUUUUGUAAAAUCUACUGAGACUUCCUAAGGAAACAUAAAUCAUUCUCCUCCUCCCCAUACAUCAGCACUUGAAUAGCUGGUUUGUCUGGAAUAGUGUUGCACUCUGAAAUUUUGUAUUUUGUGAUCUGUCAGGAUUUGCAGUGAACCAAGGACAUUGGCAUUCAUACUGGGCUUUCUUUUUUAAGCUUUCAAUUGCUCUGGGUUUUUUUUUAAUGUGGACAAUUAAGAGCAGGGGUAGCCAGCUUUAUAUUAUUCUCAAGCACCACCCUGUUCCCCAGAUACUAGGAAGGUUGCAUACAACUUGAUGCUGGCCUGAGUUUAAAGGGAAUGGUGAACCAGCACCCAGCUCAGAUUGAACCCUAAUGAUGAUUUAUUGCCCCCUGCAAUUGAUUAAGAACCAGAUCCAGGUGUUUCCUGAAUUGACCCAUGUUGAGCUAAUCUGGUGCCCUGGGGCUAUACACUGUCAUAGAAACUAACAAACUGCAUUAGACUUAAAAAAUAAAAUCAAUUUACAAAUCUUGGUGUUUUAUUGUUUCUUAGAAUUCCUGAGCAAUGCCGGGUAUAUCCAGCUAGUCUACUAUAUAUUUUGGAAAGUUGUUUCUCUGUUUAUUAUAUGUUUAGACAUAUAUGUUUGGACACCUAUAUGUUUGUAACCAAAUUUUGCAUAAUGAUUUGUGAGAUCAAGGAGCAGGUUUUCACCUAUGAAUGGAUAGAACUUGAAGCCAUUUUAAAUCAAGAUGGAGGAACCUUUCAAAACAGCACUGACUGUAACCACUGAUGGCAAAACAGCACUGCGGGUUUUGUUGUUGUUGUUUCUUAGAAUUCCCAAGCAAUGCCAGGUGCAAGGCUCCUAGGAAGUAAGCUAUAAUUUUAUAGUUCUAGUUACAGGUAGGUAGCCGUGUUGGUCUGCCGUAGUCGAAACAAAAUAAAAAAAUUCCUUCCAGUAGCACCUUAGAGACCAACUAAGUUUGUUCUUGGUAUGAGUUUUUGUGUGCAUGCACACUUCAGAUACAUGUGCAUGCACACGAAAGCUCAUACAAAGAACAAACUUAGUUGGUCUCUAAGGUGCUACUGGAAGGGAUUUUUUAAAUAUAAUUUUAUAGUUAUUGUUUGUUAGUUUCAUCGCUUUUAGGUUUAGGUCUCCCAAGGUGGCACAAAAUAUAAAAUCCAAAUAUUAAGGAAUUACCGUAUGUCUAAAAGAGUCGUAGUAUCAACAUGUAAAACUGUCAGCAGAAUAAAACAUGACUAGUAGCCAUCAAUACUCACGUCCUCUAUGAAUUUUUAUAAUGGCCUUUAAAGGCAUCUAUAGUUAACACUUGUCUUUUCUUCUCCUUCAGGGUGGGAAGAUCCCAGUGAGGUGGACAGCCCCAGAAGCCAUCGCCUACCGCAAAUUUACCUCUGCCAGCGAUGUGUGGAGUUAUGGGAUUCUCAUGUGGGAAGUGAUGUCAUUUGGGGAAAGACCCUAUUGGGACAUGUCCAACCAAGAUGUGAGUUUUGUGAACCCCUUCCUUAGACCACAGAAGCCAUAUUCUUUUGUUUUUCUCGAGGGUGGAAAGAAUCUUUCACAACCACACUUCCAGCAAGAGUUGCUCAAUGGUUUUCCAGUGCUAUGUCAACUGCUGUUCUUUCAGCAAAAUCUUCUGUAUGGAAUAUGUCUUAGUGUAUUCUUUCCUUUAAGGGGAAGUGCUCUCUUUCUGCAUAGGGAGUGGCUUGGUUGGGACAAUGGAAUAUACUUGUACAAUACUCUUUCUUUCCCAUACACAGCAACAUUAUUUUUCUGCCUGAUAUCAUUCCUGUCUACCUGGGCUCCAUCCCCCCCCCCCGCCCAUGUAGGUUAGUGUAGCCCUCACAUAAAUUAAUAUUGAAAGGAAGAAAGACAUUUGAAGAGGGACAUUGAUAAAUUUGAGCAUGCCCAGAGGAGACCAGCCAGGAUGAAGAGAGGUCUGGAGAUUGUCCUAUGAUGCUGGUUUUAACCUUUAAAGCCCUAUACGGCCUAGGACCCUCGUACCUACGGGACCGCCUCUCCUGGUAUGUCCCAUGGAGGACCUUACAGUCUUCAAACAAAAACAUCUUGGAGGUCCCGGGCCACAGAGAGGUUAGGCUGGCCUCAACCAGAGCCAGGGCUUUUUCGGCUGUGGCCCCGAUCUGGUGGAAUGCUCUGUCACAAAAGACUAGGGCCCUGUGGGACUUGACAUCUUUCCGCAGGGCCUGCAAGACAAAGCUGUUCCACCAGGCCUUUGACCUCCUCCUUUGGUAAUCCUCACAGAACUCUAGCCCAAUGGAUGACAUUAAUUUGAUUUUGAAUUGAUUUUAAAAUGAAUUGAUUUUAGAAUGCUGUGUUACUUUUAUUGUUGUUAGCCGCUCUGAGCCCAGCUUCGGCUGGGGAGGGCGGGAUAUAAAUAAAAUUUUAUUCUUAUUAUAAGAGACGGUUGAAAGAGCCAGGUAUGUUUAGUCUAGAGAAGAUUAAGGGGAGACAUGAUCAUUGUCUUCAAAUAUCUGAAGUGCAUACAUGCAGAACACAGCAUAAGCUUGUUUUCUGUUGCUGUAGUUUUAGUAGAGGGAUGCUGUAGUUGCAUCCUGCAUUGAGCAGGGGUUGGACUAGAGGAACUCCAAGCUCCCUUCCAACACUCUUUGGAAAAGGUCCGUCUAAUCUAGCAUCCCGUUCAAAUGUCCAUGAUGCCCACCAGAAGAGCCCUCCCUCAUUUUAUGCUUCCAGCAGCUGUUACUCAGUGACUUGUGGCUUCUGAACAUUGAGGUUCCAUUUAGCUGGUGUGUGUCGCUAAUAGCUCUUGAGAGAACCAUCUCCCACAGUUUUCUCUUUCACAAAGCCACUUAAGCAGUGGCAGCCGCCACAUGUUGUGACAGUGAAUUCUAGGUGUUAACUAUGCUUGGGUAAGAUAGUGCUUCCUUAUAUAUAUUCUGAAUACCUUGUUCAUUCUAAAUCUCUUGUCAAUCAGUAUUAACCUUCUCCCUGGUUCUUAUAUUAUGAGAAAAAGCAAGAAACCACAUAUUACUGCAUUCUUAUACUGUAAACCACCCUGUGAUCUUUGGAUAAAGAGUGGUAUAUAAAUUUUAAUAGUAAUAAUAAUAAUAAUAAUAAUAAUAAUAAUAAUAAUAAUUCUCUUCAUACUAUUCAUGAUAAAUGUCUGUUGUGUUAAUUGAUCUUACCUACCCAAAAGAGCAUUUCCUAGCCCUAAGGCUGUUCAGCAAGCACUUUCUUUUUAAGAUCGAACAAUCUUGCCUCGCCUUGUUAGCUGUGCAGUGAACAACUGGCACAUCCAUUUCCCCUUCCAUAGUGUGCUGUGUGCACGAAGAAGGAUGUUUGUUAUAUAUUACAACAUUGUAGAAGUGCAGUAUGGAAGACAAGUCUCUCCUUAAUCACACAGCCACACUGAGCCAUGCAGUGACACCUUUUUAUAUCUGAGCACUGGGGCUGCCUGUUUUAUCUACUGGUGAUUUUCAGGUGGAAAUGUUGGGAGUCAGUUCCAGUGCUGAUGCAUGCUGGGCCCUCGAGAAAGGCUGGGAAAUGCUAGCUGUGAGGUGCAAACUCCAGCUUGCCAUUCCUUCUUAUUUUCCCUUGAACCUGUGCUACAAAGAAAGAGUUUCGGAGAUGAAAGAAACUGAGAAGGGGAGAGGAGCAGAGGAAGAGGAGCCAGUGUGGUGGUAAUUGGACACUAGGAACCUGGCAGGCCUUUGAAAAUGUUCAGAGGGUUUAUGAGCCAGGCACAGAGACUUGAUGAAGUCCUGCACUCCAGCAUGAUAGGCAGAGAUAAUGAGAGUGGCGGCUGCUAACAGGGAAGGGACUACCUUUGUCUUGAAGCAUCAGAACUCAAAUUAACCUCUCAAUGCCCUGCUUCCUUCGGAGAGAGGAAUGUUUCCUUUGCUUCUUGUGCAGAGGGCACACACCUCUUCCUUUACUCCAUAUUAGUGUUCUGAACACUGGCUGGGAAAAAGAACUCAAUUUCUAAAGGAAAACGAGAGUGGGGAACAUACCUUAGCCCAGGAGGGAUAGAGCAGGGCGGCUCUGGAGGAGAGGCAAUGUUUUAGCUGGUUGAAUCCAGUGCUAAAUUCACCACAUUCCUACCACCCAACAGUUUAAUCCAUAUAACAAAAGAGAUUCUUUUCUAAGCCUUGUUGCCAUUCCUGCUGUGGUUGAGCUUCACUAGUAGAGCACUGUGGGAGGACCUGUUGAGAGUAAAUUAGUAAGAUGAGCCAAAUGAGCUUCUUCUAAGCAGCAAGGGCAGGUAAACUACUCCUCCUGUUAUAUAUUUGAGUUUUUAGUUCACUCUGCUGGUUAGUGGGUGGGAAUAUCCUUUUGUUUUAUUGUUAGUGUGCUGCCAGAAUUUUCUGUCACUGUUAUGGGAUGACUUGUUUUUUGUUCUUUGUACACACACACACCCCAUAUAUUGUAUGGAAUGUUAUUGUUUCAAAAUAAUUUCAUAUCUAUCUUUCUAUCUAUAUCUAUCUAUCUAUCUAUCUAUCUAUCAUCUAUCUAAUCUCUCUAUCUAUAUCUAUCUAUCUAUCUAUCUAUCUAUCUAUCUAUCUAUCUAUCUCUAUCUAUCUAUCUAUCUAUCUAUCUAUCAGUGUAAGUCUCUUGCCUACCAUUUAGGUAACAAGCAACAUAAGCAAUAAUAAUAAUAAUAAUAAUAAUAUUGCCACUGGCCGACCUGUGUGAAGUUAAACACUAACUUACGACCAAGCUAGAUAGGAAUCUCAUGAUGGGCCCUUGGGUGCUUGUUUUUUCUAUGCUAAAUAGCAGCCACCAAGGGAUACCCAUCCAGAUGGGAAUGCUGGGGCUUAAACUUUUUCCUUCUGACACGAUCCCAGUCUGGACUAUAUGCCCCAUGACUAGUAUUUGCAUUCAUACACACACACACUUUUGACUAGUGGGCAUCCUACCUUGCUUCCUUUUGCUGCACCUUUUGGCUGCAGAUAGAGCAUUGGCAUGCCUGGUGGGUGGAAUGGGGACAGUUGCCCUUGACCUCAUGUAUGGAGGCAGGCCACAUCCGCCGUACUGGUGAACAGUACACUCUAGGUGGUAGAGGAAAGGGCUCAAGUGAAUAUAGGCCCUGACCAAUUGUAGAGGAAGAGGACUGCUAGCUUGAAUUGAAUUUGCAAGACCUGCAAGCAAGCAAUACAGCAAGCAGACUUAACAUGGACACUGGUACCAGAGCUUGGAAUAAACCCAGAUGCCAACUUUGCUGCCACGUACACCCAGACAACACCAUCACUGGACCCAACAACAUCAAACACACCAUCUCAGGCCUAUUUAAUUGCUCAUCUUCUAGACCUGGUCUUAUUAGAGAUAUUGGAUUCCUGUCUCAUUACAUAUGCUAAUCAUUUGCAUACUAUCCCUUGCUUUUUCCUGUAGGACUAAUUGCAGUCGUUAACAGUUGUCAACAGGUUUACCAUACCCAUUGAGUCAAUCACCCAUCUCCUACUACACUCCUGAGAAAAACUCCACCCUACCCUCCCACCAUAUAUAAGGGUCUGGUGACUUCUGCUUCAGUGUAUCUGAAGAAGUGUGCAUGCACACAAAGCUUAUACCAAGAACAAACUUAGUUGGUCUCUAAGGUGCUACUGGACAAUGAUAGAUAGAUAGAUAGAUAGAUAGAUAGAUAGAUAGAUAGACUGCAUCAGACCAACACGGCUACCUACCUGAAUUUGUAGGUGCCGUCUAAAAUGAAUAUGAAACCUCUUAUUAUUGAUCCUAAUGAAAGGGUUUGGGCACACCCAGCAAGGGUCUAGGAGGUUUUUCCUUCAAGUUAAAAUGUUAUUCCCCCCCCCAUCCUUUGUUGCUUUUUUUUUUUUAACAAAAAAACACUGAUGACCCUCCAAGUUGUUUUUGUUAACGUUUGUAUUUAUCUCUUUAACUUACCGAUGCACUUUUAUUUUUGUAGGUAAUUAAUGCAAUUGAACAAGACUACCGGCUUCCUCCUCCCAUGGACUGCCCAGCUGCCCUCCACCAACUUAUGUUAGAUUGCUGGCAGAAAGACCGCAACACCCGGCCACGCUUUGCUGAAAUAGUUAACACCCUAGACAAAAUGAUCCGUAAUCCAGCAAGCCUCAAAACUGUGGCUACCAUCACCGCUGUGUAAGUUUCCAGCUGCCUUGCUGCGUAGUGGCUGAGGCCCUGAAAGCCAUAUUUGGCAUUGCAAGUAGAACUGCCAAGCAGCUUUUAAAAACAACAACAACAAAAACUUAAAACUUAGUUGAUUAAUAAUCUCUCUUAAAUUUUAAAAUAAUUAAUUAGUCAGUUUUAUUUAAGUACAUUUGCAUAUUACCAAACACUUAAUAUAUGGGUCUUUUAAAUGAGAGUGAGACAAUUUGCCAUUUUAAUUAACAGAAACUACCACUUGUUGUUCUUGUUCAUUCUAUAGUACAGUUACAUAACAAAACAGUAAAUCGUCAAAAUAGAAUCAAGUGGGCUCUUAAGUGAGUCCUGCCAAUAAAAGUUCCUGUCAAUUAAAGCAUUGAAUCAGCUCAAGCUUUAGAAUAUAAUCUAUUGGUUAAAGGUUGUGAUUCAAACCCAAAGAAAAGCAGAGAGGCCUGCAUUGUGUUUACUGACUCCUAAAGUUCUAGUUCUGAUCCCCCUGCCCCCAACUUCCCAGAAGAAAAGAAGGUGGCAGGAAUGGCCCAAGCCAUGUGAGUGUGCAGGCUGUGGAAGAGGAAACUAUAGCCACUUCAUUCCUCCCUAGUUCUUUUGCUGCAUUGAGCUAAGCCUGGAGAAACCAUGAGCUGUAAACCAUGGGACCAUCCUUGGUGACAGCUCAUAGUCUGGGGAGAGCUAAACUAUGAACCCAGGUUUGGGUGACAUGCUCAGCCAAGUCAUGGCACUGCAACAAAAUGACCAGCGAGGGGCAAAGCGGGUGAUAUCUCUUCUCCAAGGACCUGUAUGUUUCCAUGGUCAUGCUAAGCCAUGGUUGGUUCAGUGUGGUGUGUAAACCAGACCACCAUGUAGGAGCAUCCAAGGACUCCAUACCAAACACAUUCCUCCUUGUCAUCCCCACUCCCUCCAGAUGAAUCCUCAGUGGGGCAGGGAAUGUCACUCGGGCUGCAGCCAAUGCAGAUGCCACAGAUUCUCCAAGCCCAGGAAGUACUGCAACCAAAUUAACUUUAUACUGUCCAGAGCAUCCAGAAACUCUAUGUGGCCAAUGGGACUGCCACCUUUCCAUUGGAAAGUUAUGGGUGGGGAAGCAGAGGUGUCCUCAUUUGCAUCAAACAGGCCAUAGCCAGCACUGAAAAACUUCUUGCACAUCCAAAAUUGGCCUGUUGAGGAUGCAGUUCUGACAUAAGCUCCCUGGCAUGCUAGUUUUGAAUUUGAACGAAGAGGACUUUGUUUUUUAAAAAAGAAAAAGUACAAGUGGGAACAAUUCAGACAUUUGAUCCUCAUCCUUCAGUCUGAAGUGGUGUCAUCUGGUAGCAGCAUCAGGUGAGCCUGGUGUUCCUGUGUUUUGCCUCAUGGAAAUGUGGGAAGGUGUAUCUGGCACCAAUGAGUGAAUGGGAUGGAAGAGAAAGUUGAAUGAAGGUUGGAAUUUGUCCAGUCACAGGACCAGGUAGGCUAAUGAGAGGAGAAUAAGCGGAACCUCAGUUGCCCAAUUUUUGCUCAUACUGCCUUUGUUUUUCUUAUCAUAGUUCAUAGUUAAUGAUUAUUCCGUCCUGACCUAUUGUUUGUCUCAUGAUCUAGGCCUUCUCAGCCAUUGUUGGACCGCUCCAUCCCUGAUUUCACUGCCUUUACCUCAGUAGAAGAUUGGCUCAGCGCCAUCAAAAUGAACCAGUACAGAGACAGUUUUCUGACUGCUGGAUUCACGUCCCUUCAAUUAGUUGCCCAAAUGACAUCAGAGUAAGUGGUGCCUUCUCAUUCUCAUUUCAGUUUUUAGCACACAGAUUGAAUGAGUGUUCUUACCUCAGUGAUGAGAGAAGACGGAACCAGGGUUCAAGAAUUCACUGGGCAGAUUCUGGAUCAGAGUAGAACUUCAGCACUGGGAAUGUGCUGACUUCCUGAAAACAGGCAAUUCCCCCCCCCCCCAUUUUUUUGAAAUUGAACCACUUCCUUUCUGACUUCAAAUGGAGCCUAUUGCUGUGCUGUUUCUUUUGAUUUUCCUGUUGUUGUUUGGCAUAUUUAAAUUCUGUUAUUUCAUGGAUAUUUUAUUGUUGUUGGGUAUUAUUUUAGUUUCUGAACUGCUUUUGAAAUGAAUGUGUGUGUGUGCGCACACACACACAUUUUAAGUAAGUAAAUAUAUAAGGAAGGGAAGCAGGUCAUAACUUGUAAGGCAAAUGUCUCCUCCCACAAGCUCUUUACCACUUUGCCUCCAUUUCUCUUGGCCAGAUUAAUUUGCUCCCAGAAUUCAUUUGCGCUCCAAAACCUCCACAUGUUCCUUGCUCCCAUGCUAACCAUUAGCUUCAUUCAUCAUCAAAGGCUCUUCAGCCAGUAAGCUAUACUCUCAGGUAUUCACCCACUCGCUGCCAUCUUCCCAGUAGCCCUCCACCUAGAGGUCAAGACACAAUGAAUCCAUAGUGUUGGGUGUCAGAGCAUGUGGUUAGGCAGUUAGCAUCUUUGCAGAAAGGGAAAAUAGACUCCCUAAUCCUUUUGUGCUCAAGUGUUCAUUUGUUGUGGCUUUGAGAAAAGUAAUACUUUGGCUCAUAAACAUAUGCACAUUCAUCCCAUGUCUUUCAUCAGCACCGAUUGCUGAUCUUUGGUUACCAGCCUACAGUUUCCUGUACUGCAGUUUGAAUUUGCCAGGCCAUGUAUCAUGUCCACAUAGCCAAAGGAGAGACUUGGGACAAAGGUCUCUACUGCACGAGUAUGAUCCUGUCUCUUGUCUUUUGCAGAGAUCUUCUAAGAAUAGGGGUGACCUUAGCUGGACACCAGAAGAAGAUCCUGAACAGUGUCCAGUCUAUGAGAGUACAGAUGAGCCAGUCGCCAACUUCGAUGGCAUGAUGCUUCGUGUCUUCUUACAACAAUGGGGAAAAAGAGGGGAGGACAGAGGAGGGUUGGAUGUGGGAGGGGAGGGUAAGCCGACAAGACAGUGAGAUGUUUGCAGAGGUUGGAUUAUCGUCUGAGAACUUUUAGGAGCUGCAGGCGAAGAGGACACAGGACUUGUUUCAACAUGGCAACUUCCGUUUCUCUCCAACAGAAGCACACUUACUGAUGCCAUGGGAAGCAGCAUAUAAAUAAGUAUAAAUAUGUACAAACCAUAUAUUUAAAAAAAAAACAGUGAAGACAAACCAAUGUGUGUUGGGAGGAAAAGAGACUCUAAUCCCACCACCAGUGAGCAGUAGUCAAGGGGCCGGUGGGAAGGAGAGAGAUGCAACCCAGAGCAACCAUCUUCAGCAACCAUGUUCCUUUUCUUCUCUUCUUACGUUCUCCUGAUGGAGUCCUUCUCACCCACCCAUUUCCCUGUUUUGCUCAUAAACCCUGGGGAAUUUUCUUCAACAGUCUCUACAGCUACCUACUAGAAUAUCAAGGCAUUGUUCCACCAGUUACCAAAGGACUUCACUGACCACUGCAUGGGGGAUCCAGAACAAUCCAGUUAAUGUCUUCAUAUUGAAGAAGAGAUGUACCUUCAAUAGAAAACCUUGUUUUUUUCUUUUGCUUGCAUUUUUUUGCAAAAAGGGAAAAAAAAUCCUCAUGGAAAAGAAGAGAGAGAGAAGGUGUUCCCGCGAGUGUGCGUGUGUGCGUCUGUAUGUUGUCAACUUAACUGAGGAGUCACUCACUGCUUGUCCAUAGCAGGAAAACAACCAAGUGGGGCUGACGGAUGAUAAAUUCACCACCUCCGGGGAAACUGGAGAUUCAGUGGGGGAACAGAAGUGGUAUGUUUUGCUUUCUGUCUAGAUCAACUGCGCACGGAACGUGUAAUAGGAAAUGGGGGGAGAAAAGGGAAAGCAAAGGAUUUCAUAGGAGGAAGAAAGCAGAAGAGUGGACUAUGCAACAAGGGUUUCGUGUAAAACUGUUACAGGAUGCACAACUGUAGAGGCAACUGAACAGUAGAAUCUAGCAUCCCAGGGACCAACAGAGGAAGACUCGGGGAUAUUUAGUUUCCUUGUGUGGACCUAAGAAUUUUGAUAUAUAUUCACUUUGGUUUCAUGCCAUCAGAGGUAGGUUCAUGUGCUGCAUCCAUCUGUCUGUCCAUCCCUUUCCUUUACUGCUUGUCUCUUAUGUUUCUUUAACAUUCUUUCAUUUGGCCCUUUGCCCUCUAUAUAUUAUCAUUCUGUUAACUUAGCUCAUUUAAAGUAGACAACAAAUUAGCUAUAGAAGGAACAGUAGCCCUUCUUUAAUCAGAAGAGUUUGUGCAAAUGACCCUGAGAUUAAGAGUCCCAUGCUCUACCGACUGAGCUAGCCGGGCACUACAAGAGUUUAUGCAAAUGAAUUGUCCCUUAACGAGGCUUUUAACUAGACUGUUAUAAUUGUACACUGUCACUUUUUAAGGGAUGCAGCCAACUGUCAGCUUGCACUUCAUUAAAAAAAUAUGGGUGCAAUCAGUUAUUUUUUUCUAAAGCAAACCUGGAAAUGCAGCUGGCUUUCAGAAUUGGAAGAGACCUAAUGGAUUAUCUAGGCCAACCCCUGCCCUAAACAGCAUCUUAUAAAUAUAAGCAUCUUCCAUUGAUGUCUGUCUGGGGGAGGGGGAAUGUUUUAAGUUCAAAGGAAAAUAAUUCCACUACUUCACUAGACAACUGGCAGGUGGGUACAUUAUCUACAUCGUCAGUGCAUUGAGUCAUACAUAUGUAUGGUGCCCCAGUGUUAUAAAUUGUGAUCCCAUAGUAUAAUAAUGCUUCCUUCAGGCAACACUUGUUUUAUGUGAUCGUUCAUAUAAUAUAAAGGCCACUUCUGAAAAUAUAGUGAAAAAUUAGUGUUCAUUUCCAUUUUAAUUACUUCUAGGGGGGAAAAGUGCUGUAAUUUCCCUGCAGUUUUCAUGGAUUGUGCCGACACAGCUCACAUGAUGAAAUUUGGGGCGGUAUUCUGGCAUACAGUUCUUUCUCACCAUUUUCAUGGGUGGAUCAUGGGGGAACAGAAGCCCUCAUGUGCAUAAAGGGCGGCAACAUAUCUGAUGCCACCCGCUGGUGUGAAUAAAAAUUAGCACAAUAUGGUGGUAUGUUCCAUUAUGUAUAUUCCAUAGUGCAACAGGUGAUCCAGUUUAAAAAGAAGCGCUAGCAUUAUAACCAGCUAAACUAAUGCAAUAAACCACAUCUGAAUGUACCCUAAGAUGCACAUAUACCAUUGGUAGUAGUCUCCAUACCUGUUUUCUUUUCUCUUAAAGGAGCUUUGCAGCUCUUCCACCAAAUUUUCCUGCCAUGACCCUAAUUCUAGACAGCUCUGUGUGUGUACAUGCAUGUGCCUAUUUCUGUAUAUUAAUCACCAAUGCAUACAGAGAAAUGUGUGUAAAAAGCACCACCUAUUUAAAUGGGAAUUAUUUUUGUGCAGGUAGGCAAUGUUAUUUUUAAAAGUGUUUGAUAGCCCAGAAUGUCUGAAAAGAGCUUCUCACCAUCGCAGAAUUAAAGCUGAAAGGAUAUAUUGAUUUUCUUGGGCCAAAUAUGGAAGCAUGUCAUUUGCACCCAUGCUCAUUACACCUCUGUCAUAAUCCCAUCUGUAGAUUUGGGUGGGAGGGCAAGUGCAUAUGCAGCAAAUGUAGGUGUAGUAGAAUUAUCCAUCAUCAUCACCUCCAGGCUAAUCUUUCCGUAUAAUAUCUUGCAUCUCUUCUUAUAUCACGGCAUUCCACAGCUUCUUUUGCGGCAUCACAGACGUCGCAUAAAUCAGCCAUUGUGUUUACAGCUACUCUGGCCUCACCGUGGGAGCUAUAAAACUUAUUUAUUCUAAAGCAGAGUUGAGUAAUAUUAUGAAGGUUACCCUAAUUCCCCCCUCCUCAAGCUCAUGUUUCAGCAGCAGUCCACUUGGCAGCCCCAACUCACGCCCAGUGGGUUUGUACUCCCUUCCCCUGGUUCAUCAGGAUCUGCCACAAAUCAAAGCAAGAUGUUGAGUGGAAUAGAUCUUUUGUUCAGUAAUGUUUGCUUUAGGGAUAUUCUGGAGUUGAUGGAGCUCCAUAUUUGGGGUUGGGAAGGAUUUCCCUCCACUUGCUUUGAUUUCCUAAUUUGAACAUAUUCAAAUUCCUCGCAAUGAGUGUGACCAUUUGGCCUAUUCUCACUCCUUACCUUCUAGUCAGGGCUGGUGUGAGUUAGGUUAGUGGAUGGCUUUAACAUUUGAAAGAGAGAUGGGUUAGGUAGCCUUUCUGACACUUUUCAGUGUUGUGACACUCUGAAAAUGUGUAGCAAAGAGAGAAGGAAGGGUGAUGGAGCACCAGCCAGUCUCUGGCAAAUUACCACAAAAAGAGAGACCUGAAGGCUUCUUUAUAUCACUGCCAUCUGAUUAUUAGGAAAGUUCCCUGCAGCCCGGGUUAGAAGGAGAUGCUAACAAGAUGCAAAAGAAUGAUGUUUUAUCUUGCAGGGCCUCCCCAGACAGGCAGUGGAAAAAAGCCCCUUGUUUAACAACACAAGGGAGUGUUCUUAGCCCUGUCUGAUAGCCAGUCAUGAAUCCCUUCUGGAGUAUUCAGCGCAAAAAUCUGUAUUCAAGUAUGUUGUCAAACCAAAUACAACAUGCAUAGAAAAGGUGUAUUCUGAAUAUUAAUCCUCCAAACCAGUCCAUUGAUAUUCAUGCAAGGUGGGUUGAAGGAGCUUUUGUGCUCAUUUCUUAUGACUUUUGCUUUUAUUAGGAUAAAUCCAAAGGUGUGAAAAGCACGACAAUGAUGACUCAAGCUAUAAAUACGCCAUUCUACCUAUCUGGCAAUAUUGUUCCUAAUUUAAUGCGAGUUUGUCAUAUUCUUCCAUGCCUCUGAAAGCUUGCUUGGCAUCACUUGUGAAGUUUGUUAGCCUUGCACAGACAGAACUGAACAGCUAGCUACCUGAGUGGUUAUUUUUAGUAGCACCUGGUGGCCACAGGGAAAUGCCUGUCCGUUUUGGCUCUCAGCUCAUGAUGAGCUGGUUGUGCACACUCUUGUCUAUGCCAUGGGCACUCUGUGGAAUGCAGAGAUGACUGGGAGGCUGACAAAGUGGGUGCGAAUGCUCCAUCAGUGCAAGGAUUUCUGCUUCUGCAAUGGAAGGUUAUCUCCAUCUCCUGCCCAUGUACACCCCUAAAUGGGUUCUAGGGGUUCCCUUGACCCUCUGGAGAAGAUUUCCAAAAGGUGCAUGGUGUGGGGAGGGUGGGUGGGUUGGAGAAUCCCAUUCUGCAAGUGGAAACUCUUGACUUGACAGGACUGCUUAGUUGAAUACUGUCCAAAAUGCCCCAUUCCAACAGUAUUCUGCAGAGCUGAGGGCUAGGAAGCAAGUAGAGAAAUGCAGAGAGAGCAACCAGCAGAAGGUUUGCAAACGAUUUCUUUGAACACUACUCACAGCUCAUUAUUGAGCCUACUCAGUGGCUGUGAUGUCAGCAAAGAAAGUUAUUUUCUAUUCCUGUCAUAGUACCAUCCAGUGAAGUUUUUCCAGGUGGUUCAGGGACGUCUUCCAUUUGGCUUAUAUGGCACUGUUCAGAAUAUGGAGGCCAGUUGCGACAUGUUUGCAAAGCACUUUAAGGAUCAAAUUGCUCAUAUCCAUGGUGACAUGGAUGUGACAAUGGAAUCAGGUCUGUCUAUGGAAGUGUCCACUUUUGAGGAUGGAGACAGUUAAAAUGCACUUGUAUUUCACCCAGAAAAAGUGCAUUGAAAAGUAUAUAUUGGGGAAACACAAAGAAAAAUGUCUUCAAUAAUGCAUAUACCGUACUGUAUAAUAAGGCAUACAAUUUGAAUGUGCACUUUUCAUUCAAUCAUUUGAAAGAUCCAUAUACAAAAUGGUAUAGAAUGGAUUUAUGAUUGAGUGCCAGUGAAAAUGAAAUGGGAUGGACUUAGGCUGAUUUGUCCAUCCUUAGUCAUGGCAUCCUGCAUUUGUUUGCUGCUCUGUGUGUCUCCUGGAGAAAGACCAUUGGAAUUGAUUUCUGAGUGCUCCCUUCCUGCACUGUAAAAACAGGGGUAUCAGGACUGUUGUUCUCCAGAUGUUGUUGAACAACUCCCAUCAUCCUAGGCUAACAUGGCCAAAGGUUAGGGAAGAUGGAAUUUCUAGUAUAACAGCAACAAAUGAAGUACACCACAUUGACUUCCCCUGUCUACAAAUCAGCCAUUAGUCUAAUUUGCAGAUACAGUACUUUUUCUCUCUAGUAUUAUUUAUAUUUGUCACUUACCUAUGGUCACCUCACCCACCACCCAGGCCAUAUUUUUGUAUACCACCCUUUGAUCAUCUUCUGAAGUAACACCUAAUCAGUAAUCAUUGCCAUCUAAAUUUCUGAAAACUAUGGAAAUUUGCUCUCCAUUUCAGGUCCUUGGACUUAGGAAGAUAUGGUCACUUUCCCUAGCUUCCUAUUCUUCUUUCGUCUUUCUUGUUUGGGGAACCCUAGCAUUACUUUCCACUCCCUGGUUUCCACACCCAAAGCUGUUCUUUUCUCGGUCUGCAGCUUUCUCCACUCGCUGUUUAUCAAUUUAUCUAUUUGUCGAUCUCACCUUUCUCUUUAUUUCCUGUGACUGAGUGUGUCUUGUUCUCCCUUGUUCUCAGCCAUGUCUUUAAAUCUAUGAAAUGGUUUUCAAUUGUCAGCUUCAUCCCUACAUUUCUAUGGCAACGGCAAAUUCCCGUCCUACUCCUCUCUCCCCACCCACCCCAGCCCGGCCCGGCCCUCCUCCCAUGUAGUGGAUAAGCUGUGAGAAUGCUGACAAGCUGUUGAGCACCAGGUAAUUUAUCUCCUAAAGCAGACAGCUGUGGCAAAAGGAAGAAGGGAGAGCAGGGCAGAGAGGUUGGGAGGGAGGCAGCCAGGAGGGGGUUGCCCUGCCAAGAUGGGGGCGGAAGGGAGGUCACGGAACAAAGGUUUGCAAGGGCUGCUGUUUGCAAACAAGGGAGAAUGAGCAGGGAAAGGUGCUAAAAUGCCCCUUACAGAUAUGGGCAGAUGGUGCAAUGUUUGCUAAAUGGCUGUUUGCAAUUCCACUGAGUGCUACAGAGCCAUAACCAUAGCUGUGGGGUAGGGGCAACAGACCUGGCAGAGCUGUGGCACACUGGGGCACUGACCCGGGAUGCAUUAAGUGGCACUUGAGGCUGGAACACCUGGUACCUUUGCCAUUUAGCCACAAGUAUGCACCUGACUUGCAGGGUUUCUCCCUCAUCCUGAGUGCCCACCCUCCCUCCCGGCAGAUGCCUGGGCUGCUCUAGUGCGUUUUCUGCUUCCCUGUAUUCCCCCCCUUUGUGUUCUAUGAUCCAGAGAAGGCCAAGUGAUGGGAGAGUUACAAAGGAGGGGGGGGGGAGGCUGCUUUGUGAUAACAGUAAUUCAAAUGGGGAUGACAGAGUGCAUAGCUGGUAGCCAAGGGAAGUCAAUCGCUUUCAUAUCGGAGAUAAUAAAUACUGCAGGAAGGGAGAGAGGAGUCCAUAUGCAUAGCAUUAUUAUGCGCCUCUUUAUAAAUAAAGGAAAUAUAUUUUAUGCUCUUUAAUGACCUUCAAAUUAACAGCUCUUUGAAAGCACUUAUGUAUAUUUAAUUUGAAAUGGUGCUGAAAGCCUGAGUGGGGAUCGCAGCGAAAGCAGCAGGCAGCCAGUUUUUAAAUAAGAGUAAACUCGGGCCAUUAUUUCUCAGCCUGUCAGCUUUCCCUGGAUUUAAUGUACCAAUUUUUAAAAGAGAAAACCUUUUCUUUCCUCCUUUGUGCUUUAAAGCUCUCCAGGAUCCUUCUUUGCAGGCUACAGCAGCAGCUUAGGACUGUAUUUAAUUGUUCCCCCCGUUCUUUUUCUGCUUUGUAUCGCAUCUCUUGAGUAACAGCUUUCACUGAUGGGUCACUCUUAGGUAUACAAAGGAUUAGGCUCCCCAGUGACCUGGAUAGUGUGUGCUAGUUUAUGAUUACCGAUGUGUCAUCGUGGAAUUAUUUCCUGCAGCAUGUUGUGCAAGUAGCCUGGUGCACGACAUCCAUGACCUACAAGUCAUCAGGUACUUUGUGCUGUGGAGACUUGUGUUAUUUAUGCCUUUGCUGUAGACAGGAGGGAGGGAUCCAAUGCCUGAUGCAUACAGAAGCUUUCACUUCUUGCUUUUGAACAGAAAUACUCUGAAUAAGUAUAGGCAUUUCUUACCGUACUGAUCAAGCUGGGGUAGCCAAAGUGGUGGUCCAGAUAUUGUGGACUACAGUUCCCAUUAUCCUGAACCAUUGGCCAUGUUGUGUUGGCUGGGGCUGAUGGGAAUUGUUGUAGAGGAAACAUAUUGGCUGUCCCUGUGAUAGAACAUUUCUUCUUGUAAGUAGAAUCAGGAAGCUCCAGAGUUUUGAUCAUGGGUUGGGAACCUCUGGCCCAUGGGCCUAAUUUGGUCCAGUAACCUCUCCAAUUGGCCUGGGAGAUCAUUUUGGCCAAGCUCACCUGCCUGACAUCUGAUGUCAUAUAUGGCAUCAGGUGUGGGGCAUAUAAAGACCUGGAUCAGCCUUAAAGGGUUUCCAGGCACUGCUGAUCAGUUCUACAUUCUAAAACUCUCCACAAUUGGUCUUGUGGCAUGCUUUCAAACCAUGCAAGCUAAAAAAAAAAAAAGUCACCUGAUGUCAUUGUGAUGUCAGGUGAUUAUCAGGUGAGCGGGCCCCCUCACCUAUCAGUUUGACCCAUGGGGGUGUGGGAUAUAACGAUUUCACCCAUUGGGUAGAGUAACCCAUGAAUAUAAUUGAAAUCAACAAUUUUAAUAUUAUGCACACCUUCCCUUUUUUUCCCCUUAUGAAAGGACAAUUUUCAUUCAUGGGUAGAGAAUGAAUGGGGUGAGAAAUGGCUAUUAUUAUUUUUUGUGUGGAAUUUCUCUCCUAGUACAGAUAUUUUCGUAAUCUGUAAAUUAUCAGAACUUUUUUCUUCAUACCAUUGUUUCCAUCAAACAUCUGGGCUGAAAAAAAAGUAGUGGGAUUUGAGGAAGGCUGGCAUGAACAGUUUCCUAUUUAUGUUGAAAUAUAAACCAGAAGCCAAAGGUUGGCUUUUAAUCAAUGUGAUCUUCAGAUCUUACUUUACCAGCUCCCAUCCACCUUUCCCCUCUGUUUGGACUGUCUCUUGAAUUUUAUUCCUUUCACAGAUCUGCCCUUCUGGUCAUAUCCUCAUUUCCUACCUUUUUUCAGACUCUUAUAUUUCUGUGUGUUUCUCCCAGUCCACUGUAUCUCUUCCACUCCUUUAUUGUUUUAAAAAACCCUCACCACCCUUGACCUUUUGCCUUCCCAGUUCCUGUUUCUUUUUUUCCUACUUCACUAGACCAUCAAGUGAAACGAGAGCAGCCUAGCUAUACUUACUAAGGGUUCAGCAGAGCAGAAGGCCUCACCGGAGGCAAUUUGACUACAAUGUUGUCACUAAGUAAGUUCUACCAGGAACAGUUUGAGAGAAAUAGCCUUCUCUUGGGGCUCCAAGAGCUGCAGGUGUAGAUCUAUAUAGGCAUAUAUAUCUGAGAUCCAGCACUCUUAGAGCUGGUUGCAGAUCAAAGACAAGCACAUGCAGAAUGAUUGCUGUUUCCUAUUCAUUCCUUUGCAUCCAUUAAACAUGUCCCCAAAAUCUGUACAAUGAUGUCUUGAGUACCAUAUCCUCCUUCCCCUUUUAAACCUGCUAACCUUGGUAGUGUUGCACCUAUUUUCUCACUGUGUGUGAACAAUGCAUUGGUUAUAUAUUUCAGUAGUUUCUUUCUGAGCAGAGUUGGGCAAAAAGUUAGAGAAUUAGUUUUUUUAAAAUCCCACCAGAAGUAUUGCUUUUAUUUUUUAUAAUUGCAAAUAGUUUUCUUCCAGGAUCAUGAGAACUUGGUCUGCAACAGACAGGUGCACAACCCAACCGUUUCCUGUCGUCACAAGGUAUAAUCGGGCAGACUUCCCACUAUUUGGAGGAAUAAUGUUUGCAAUACAAUGUGUUGGCAGAGAAACUGGAGGGUGUAGCUGAUUCUGAUGCUGUAGGAGUUUUCCAGCUGGCAGGGACAGGGAACACAGAGCAUCAUUUAUGCAUUAUGGUUUUGGGUGAAUUACUAUGAUUACUGCUGCUGAUUUGCAACUGCAAGCUACACAUUUGCAAUUUGAGAAAGCAAGGUAGAUUCUCCCUUUGAUCUGCAAAUGCUCCUAAUAAGUUUUAACUACAAUGUGUUCACUUGGAAAGCUGUCAAAUCUUAGGGCUUCCUUUUAAAAAUUCAUCUUUCUAACUGUAGCGAAUGAAUCUUAAUGUGAACCAGCUCCCUGCUCUGGGCCUAUUUUUGUGUUUCGGUAGCAGGCAAAUCAAUUUGUAAAAUGUAAAAGGCUUUACUUUUCUGAUCAUAGGUUAAAUCACAACUCGUGCUGCGCAACUAGGCAUUUUGCAUCUGGUUCCCCUCUAAAGCUCUGAGUGAGCAAAAGAAGACGAUCUACAUAGAUGUUCUUCAUUUGCAUGUCAUAAUCUGAUUUGGGGGCUCUCUUUCACAAGAACUUGCCAAGAUGGAAACUUUCCAGUAACAGCCUGGCAGCCUUCCAAAUUAUUUUGAACAGUGGAUGAAAAUUUACAGAAGACUCCCUAGACCUUGAAGCAGAAAAUUCGUUGUCAAAAAAGUCAUAAAAAUAGUAAAAAAGCUAGUCCAUGUACUCCUCUACUCCAUAUUUAAUUGCUUGUUAUAAACAACAAGAUUCCUUGCUGGGAGGUGGAGAGCCAGUGUGGUGUAGUGGUUAGGAGUGGUAGUCUCGUAAUCUGGGGAACCGGGUUCGCGUCUCCACUCCUCCACAUGCAGCUGCUGGGUGACCUUGGGCUAGUCAAACAUCUCUGAAGUCUCUCAGCCUCACUCACCUCACAGAGUGUUUGUUGUGGGGGAGGAAGGGAAAGGAGAAUGUUAGCCGCUUAGGGACUCCUUAGAGUAGUGAUAAAGCGGGAUAUCAAAUCCAAACUCUUCUUCUUCAUCAUCAAAAGAAAGAGGUGGAAAGGAGAUUCUACCAGUCAAUGGUGCAUGAAUAAGAAAUCACCACAAUUAUACAUAUUCAAGCUUUUCCUAUCACCACUUCUCUCUUUUAGGUCCUUCUCUUUCUCUCCCCACACUCUGCCAGUGGGAGAUAUUCAGCUAUGGAUUACUCAUAGGAUAGGAGACCCACUACAAUCAAUGAACAUGACUAACUUUGGUUCUUCAAUUUUUAGUAGACCUACUCUGAGUAAAGCAUAGUUGAAUACCAUCCAAUAUACUUUUAGCUGUUAAACCUAACCCUUAUUCAGAAACGUUCAAGAUUAGCUUCAAGUGGGCAUAUUUAGAACCUGCAAAUGCUUGUUUUGUAAACCACUUUGAGGUAGGUUUUUUUUUUAACAAGCAGGGUAUAAAUGUUAUGAAAUAAAUAAAAUAACUGAAGAAGCUGAAUCUCUGGCAAUUGCCUGAAUAGGUGGGGAUGUUUGCCCUUUUGCAGAAAAUAGGAGCUCCCCCCAAAAUUUAUUAUGCUCUUGUUAUUUCAUUUCUAUACCACAGACUCAUAUAAAGAUAUGUCUAUGUGGUGUACAAAAUCUCAAUUAGGACCAAACAACAUAAUAAGUGAAAUCAAACAGAAUACAUUCAAGAAACAGACUUGAAAAUGGGUCAUCUGACAAGAUGAUGACAAAAAGCUAUAAAUCAUUUUCAUAAGAAAGCUUUCAUUAUACGGCUUAAGUCACAUCUCUGUGACCCAACAGCAGACCAAUAUGGAUGUUUGUAUUAAUUUACUGAGGGAGAGGGGGAAAUGUGAAGGGAGAAUUGUGAAGAUGAAGAUAGGGAUGGUUAACACAUGGGACACAGAACAAACCAUUGAUUGUAGGUCUGAAGGAAGUACUGUAUUUUCCUGUGUAUAAGACUAGGUUUUUUCCCUAAAAAAUAAUGUCAAAAAUUGGGGGGCUUCUUAUACACGGAUACAUCUCCCUCCGUUUUCUUAAAUUGGAGUCCCCCAAAAUAGGGGGCAUCUUAUAUGUGGAGGCAUCCUAUAGAUGAAAAAAAUACGGUAUAUAAGACCUCAGGACAGUUUUGUCACUGUGCAAUUGGCUGCAUUUUACACUCAUCACAUGAGAGGCAGACCAGUUAUGGCAGCUGAGAAUUCUAAAGGUGCCUUCUAGACCACGAGAACGUGAGUAAACUGGAAGUGUUUGCUUUCAAGUUACGUGAAAGCAAGGCACUGCUGGUGAUAAUUUUUUCCUUAUCACUAUUCAGCUAGCAGAGAAUGAGAUAGUGAAAAGACAAAGCCUGUUAGUCAGCAGGGUUUCCUGGUCUCUGAGCAUGACACCAAGAAUGAUGUCACUCCAAGGUGUCCUUGACUGCUGAUUGUCCAGAGGGUGCCCUUAGAUCAGUGGUUGCCAACCCAGUGCCAGUGGGUGCCAUGUGCCCAUGAAGGCUUUCAAGGGUGCCCUUGAGCAUGGGGCCCAGACUCUGACUUUCCUUUUUUCUAACACUUUGGAAAGAAACAGGUAGGUAGCCGUGUUGGUCUGUCGUAGUCGAAACAAAAUUAAAAAAUUCCUUCCAGUAGCACCUUAGAGACCAACUAAGUUUGUUAUUGGUAUGAGCUUUCGUGUGCAUGGUAUCUGAAGAAGUGUGCAUGCACAUGGAAACUCAUACCAAUAACAAACUUAGUUGGUCUCUAAGGUGCUGCUGGAAGGAAUUUUUUUAUUUUGUUUCCACUAUGGCAGACCAACACGGCAAUCUACCUAUAACUAGAACUAUAAAAUUAUAGCUUACUUCUUAGGAAGUACUUACUACUGGAAGGAUUUUUUUUUUUUUUUAAAGAAAGUUAUGGGGCAAGAUGUACAGGAACCUUCUAAAUGAUUUCUGUGAAAUAAAAGUAAGGCAUGGCCACCGUGUGUGUGUAUUCAUUCUGGUGCUGAAAAGUGCUCCUUGCUGCUAUUAGACAGCAACAGCACCAGUGUGUAUGCAAAAUCAAUACUGUGUGAUUCAGGACCAGCAAAGACAUAGCUGACUUCCCAUGGUAAGCCUAAGGUUGUCAGGGGUAGUUGUCGCUCUCUUUUAGUGUUAUGCCACACACAUCUCUUAGCAGCUAUUGUGUGACUGGUGCUGCCCGCAAUCCCACAAAUUUUGAAAUGUGCUCUCUGGCCAAAAAGGCUGGGGAACCCUGCCUCAGAUACUCAAUAGUCACACCCUGGCUACUUCUCAGGUGGUGAUUGCGACAUGUAACCAGACUCCAAAUCCCAGUUUCAUAUAUGAGGAAGUUAAAAGUCCAUUUGGAAAUUAUAUAGCAUAUCCUUAUCAUCAUUAUUGACCAAAUAGUUCUUAUCUCAUACGUUUUAAAGUCAGGUGUGAUAUUUCUAAAAUACUGGGAAAAUCCAUUUUGAAUACAUAAGCAUUUCCCCCCCCCGUUUUAAGCUGAAAUUUCAGUGUGACAAAUAGAGACCCAGUGGCCAAAUUUAAUGGCAGAGCUACCAAAUGUCCAGUCCAAAUUUAAUGGCAGAGCUACCAAAUGUCCAGUCUUCAUCUUGUGCUCUUGCAUAUUAUGCCAAAUUACUCCUUCUAUAACUUAAAAAAAUAACAAUUUCCCCCUUAGUUUUUAUUUCUCCCAUUGGUGUAUUGUGUCUAUUUUUUCCCUUUAGAACUAUUUCCCUCUGCUAGUAAUAGCACUGAAGUUACCAGGGCUGCACCAUGAUUGAAUUUGUCCCUGUUUCUUUCUGAUUAUCCUCAGGGGUCUCAUUAGGUAACCAAGCCCUUGUUUUGAAGGUGGGGAGAAGGGAUGAAAAUUAUGGUUAACAUCACUGCAAUUCUCCAUGCUAAUUAGCAAUGAGUGGGACUGACAGCAUGAAAUAUAGCCCAUGCCAAGAGCUGUGUUGCAGGAGGAGGAUGCCUGGAGAGUUUCUUAUCUAAAAUGCAAAUUGUGAUUUCCAAAGACUAUCAGGAAGAUGAGUAAUUGGUACAAGACACCACUAGCCCAUCUUUAAAUAAAUAAUAGUAUUUUCAGAAUUUUUUUAAAACAACAACAACAAACUUUUGCAAUAACUUUUUAGGAAGGGGCAAAUAGAGCUGAAUUUGGGAUUUGCACACAUCCCCCCCCCUCCACGAUUUCCCCAUUCUUCCAUUGAAUAGAUGCACUGGUUUAGUCUGAAGGGAGCAAGAUAUCCUGAUGUUCAACAUUAAAGGAAAGACCAGAUGGACACCAUGACUUCCUUUUAAGCAUACUUCAAGUGGAGCCCAUUGGCUUUGUGUGAUAGUGUGCUCUAGUAAACAUCUCCCUUUUCUCCCAUAUGCUCUGAGUUUCGUACCUGGCUAACAGCCUAUAGCAAGGCCACCUGACUAUUCUAGCUCACAUUCCAAGGUCUGGUGUAAUGGUUGCAUUUCUGAUAGUGCUAGUUACUUUCCUUACAUUUCCCAGUUUUUAUCAAAGCAAGCAUAUAAUGCCAUUUUUAGGGCGAAAGUGAGUCCAGUAAUUAGGAAGAAAGCAUUGAAUUUGUAGCAAAUUAGAACACACACACACACACACUGGGAAAAAUAGAGAGUAGCAAGAAUUAUUUGCAAAUUCUUUUCAUCAUGUCUAUGAUCUAUGGUUGAUUACUGUUAAAUCUCACAGACUCUCCAGAUAUUAUGGAAUCUAAAGUACUAGGAACUCAUCAAUUUUAGAGUGGCUGUUGACUUACUGAAAAUUGCAGAGAAGUGGAGAACAAAUCUGGUUACUGUAUCCAGUCUUAAGAUUCUUCAUUUGUUGCUCCCUUCCUUAGUAAUUCUGAGUCAUAUCAGAGCAUAUCUUAUUCAACAAAUAAAAAGGGAGGAACUGCAGGGCUGCCUAGUUUAGUUCAUACAGAAUGUUUCUUAAUAGUUUUAUGACUUGUUUAGAGGAGAAAAUAAAACCCAAAGUAAACAUUCCUGGCAGUUCUUAAAUAGUAGUGAGAUGCAAAUGUGUAGAUUGUAAGGUAAAGUUUAGAUUAAAUUCCACGAAAUGUCAAAGGGUUAAGAGAGCAGAUUUUAACAUGUCUCCAAAACCCAGCCUAUUCUUCUCAUUUGCAAGAAGAAAGUGAUUUGCUGCAGAAAGUGGGGGAAAUGACCUCUGCUCACCACUUUCUCCCAGCAAUGUUCUUGACCUACAUUUCCAUCUGCACAGGGCAUUCCCAUUGGUGAGAGGGGAGGUUGUAGGAGAGAACUGACAGGUGGGAAAGGGCUUGAGAUUCCCUGCCAUGGAUUCUUUUUCUAUCAGCCUCAAUUAUGCCACAGUAAAAAAAAGAAGAAGAGCCACAUGCUCAAAAUGUGAGGGCAAAUGCAAUAAGCAUUUAAAAAUCCUAUUUGUCAAAGUUCUGUUUUCAGAGGUUGGUGCAUGAGAUUUUUGUCAUCUUGCAAGAUCCAUUGUAAUGAAUUUUGUAGUUGAACCUCAGGGAGGUCUUAAUUUGGCUAUGUGCACUACAGUCAGUGUGCAUUGAACAUGCAGCAGGGUGAGUGGGAUUGCAGAGGUCAGCGCCAAACUCUUCUCUUGCAUUGGCUUUGAGUUCACAGAGCCUGUGCAUAUGCAGCCUGAAUAUGUGAAGUUUCACAGGUCCUCAGAUUGCACAGAGAGCCAGUGCCUGUUUAGGCUUGGUGCAUGAGGCAUAAUAUUUGGAUUGGGUGUGGAAGCAGGGCCUACUGCUGCAAUCCAGUUCCCUCCUCCUCAGUUCAUUCCAUGUAGUCUGAACGUGCAGGGAUUGUGCAGCCUGCCUUUUCACGGGAAAGAGUCACAAUAGGAUGAGGCCAUCCAGAAUAACCUCAUCUCUAUAUUUGCUGUGCUGAUUCUUUUAUUCUUGGCCCUCUUGAACAUGUUCCUCUUGGCACACAUUCUGCUAGGAGGAAUGAGUCAACUGCCUGCCAAGGGGAUGCUCAGCCUCUCCCAGAACUUUGAAUUGUACUCUGCAUCCGUCAUGGCAAAAGCCAAGGGGAGUCUGUUCCACACUGCAGUUUCCUUUGUGUCUUUGCUCUGUGUUCUCCCUCUCAAGUACUUCUGGAAAUUAAUGAGCUUUGUCUCAUACACACCUGGUGGGGAGCAGUGUUAACAGUUGUUUUUUUAUAUAUAACUUUUAACCACAUGAUGGCCUCCCUUCAUAGAAUCAAAGCCCCAUUUGAGUUAAUUGUGGCUGUCAAAUUAUCCUCCCUGUGAAGUGUGAAACUGCACUCAGCUGACAAUUGGGAUUCCCUAGGGAGAUGACAUUGUUAGGGCAACUAACCAGGGAGUGCUUGUAUGAACAAUUAGAGGCAACAGUGGCUGCUCUGGCUUCUUACUCUCCCCACCCUUUCAUCUUGCCUACCCUAUUCCAGAAUUACUCCAUAUUUGCAGGCAUGUUUUCAAUCUGUACAGCCGGCAUUCCCCUCCUUUCCUUGUAAUUUACUGUGGCACAGAAGCCACACUGACUCUACAAUGGAGCCGGGUAACAACAUCUGUGCACCAUUCUGCAGCGCUGCUUCCGCUACAUGAAGAUUUGAAGCAGGGGGUGCUGUUUGGCCUAGAGAUUAUAUGAUGUGUUAACAACAUUUUGUACUUUUAUUGGACCAUUUAAUCUCAAAUAAAUCUCAGUAGUGUAGUUUUAUCACUGUUAGCUAUAUCAUAGUCUCUUGUGGAACAGUCUUGUCCAGGCUGCAGGUCUGAGCUCAAGGAUAGAUUAUUAUGUCUGCUACUGCUAUCAGCAAGGAAUAGUCUUAGAAACCUGAGAAUCUGUUCACAUUGUAUGUAUAAAAACCACCUCUUUUACAGAGGCAUGCAGAGGCAGAUAGGAGCUGGCUCGGUUUUCACCUCACCCCUAAUCCACCUCUUCCUGUGCCUCCUUCACCCUGUCCUUUCUUGCAAUCUGCCCCUCCAUUCUCCUGCCUUUCCACCAUAUAAAUUAUCGACCUCUUUCUGCUUUCUGACUUAUUUCCUGCUGCUUUCAAGUAUCCCACAGGUUCCUCUGUCCUUAAAAGAUAAUAAUAAUAAAUUGGCCCUUCCUUUCUGUCCACCUACCAACUAAUUUCCCUUUUUCUCUUUGUCUCCAAACAGCUGGAGCUUGUUGCUUACUUCCACUGUCUCAACUUCCUUUCCUCCAGCUCCUCUCCUGACCCCUACAAUCUGGUUUCUGCACCCUCCUGAAACUCCCCUCUAACAUCCUCUUCAUGGCUAUAUCAGAUAUUUGUUCUUGGCCCUCUGCUGUUUUCCUUUGACACAGCGGCCCUGAAUGUCCUCAUAAAAUCCCAUAGCUUUCAGUACUGCCUACAUGCUGAUGACAGCUAGCUGCACUUCUCUGGUCCAGAUCUGUCUCCCUCCUGUUCUGCAUCUCCAACUGCUUCAUAUUUCUACUUUGACAUUUCAUUGAUUUCUAAACUUAGCAUGUCCGAGGGUAAAUGUCUCAUACUGAUACUAAGCACUCCACCUCUCCUCAGAUCAUUUUCUGUAUCUGUUAACAAUGUCACCACCUACCCUCCUCUUGUCCAGGAAUGAAACUUUGGCUUUAUCUUUCAUUCCUCUCCCUUCUGCGCCUGCCGUCGUACUGUUGCCAAGUCAUGUUGAUUUUCCCUUUGCAAUCUCCUCCCCUUGUAUCCUUCAUUGACUACUCUAGGUCAACUCUCGCCUAGACAACUGCUACUGUCUCCACUCUGGUCCACUCAUUGUCUUGCUUCAGUCCCCCCCUCCUUCUGUCUAGAACUUUGCUGCCAAAACCAUUCAUCUCCUUUAUGGUUCUGCCCUCCUUAAAUCCCUACACUGGGCCUUCUCCCAGAUCAAGCACAAACUCCUUGUUCUUGUCUUCAAAGCCCUCUACACUCUCACUGCCCUUUCUUAUCUCUCUGGUCGCAUCAUAUCCUGUGGCAGCCCUGCCUGUGACCGUCACUAUUUAGCCAUCUAAAAAUCUUCUGCCCCCUCAAAUGAAUUUGCUUGCUCUUGAUGCCUUUUAAGCUCAGGACUGUCUCCCAGAACAUCUGAAAGAUGCUGCCUCUCUUCCUUUCUUCAGAUCUCUCCUCAAAACCCAUCUUUUCAAUUAAGCCACAUUUGCCUGGUCCUCCCAAUGCACUGUAACUACUCCUAAGUAUGGGUUACUGAAAUAAACCCAUAUCCUUCCCUGUUUGCAUGUGCCUAUAUGCAGUGCUCUCCUCCCCUGUGUCAAUUUUUAAUUUGUAAGGUGUCUGGGGAGGACAAGGAUUUAUUUUCUUAUGCUUUGUAAUGCACCAUAGAGAUUCAUAGCAGUACAUAAAUAAUGCAAAAUCAUCAUCAUUGAUUCCCAUUUUGCCCUAGGAGAUACAAUAAACCGGCUGUAAUUUGAAAUGCAGUUGGGGGAAAUCUUCACUGGUAUUACCAAAGGCAAAGGGCGGGAUAGAGCUCCUGAACACAUACUUUUGAUUUUUUAUUUCUCCAUGUAAGUGAAUGGAUGACAUUCCUUUCUAUGGGGGAGAGUGCUGCACUUGGACACCAUUGCAGGGGAGGCAAAAUCUGUAUCCUGCCUUUGAUGUUGGUGGGGGGCAGCCUUAGAAGCAGGAGUGCAGUGAGGCUCAGUUGGCUGAGUUCAGAGUACCCCAAGAUAUAUAAUAGUUUCAGGGGUUCCUGUACUAUACAGGUACUAGUAAAGGUAAAGGGACCCCUGACCAUUAGGUCCAGUCAUGGCUGACUCUGGGGUUGUGGUGCUCAUCUUGCUUUAUUGGCCGAGGGAGCCGGUGUACAGCUUCCGGGUCGGUGUACAGCUUCCUUAGCAUGACUAAGCCACUUCUGGCGAACCAGAGCAGUGCACGGAAACGCCGUUUACCUUCCCGCUGGAGCGAUACCUAUUUAUCUACUUGCACUUUGACGUGCUUUCGAACUGCUAGGUUGGCAGGAGCAAGGACCGAGCAAUGGGAGCUCACCCCGUCGCAGGGAUUCGAACUGCCAACCUUCUGGUCGGCAAGUCCUAGUCUCUGUGGUUUAACCCACAGCGCCACCCGUAGACAAUUCAUUGUUACUUGAUGGAUAUCUUUUCCUGUGCACAUGUAUUUAGGAGUAUGUCUCAUUGAAAGCAAUAGGAUGUACUUUCCAGUUUAGAUUGGGUUGUAAAACUCAGUUUCUCAUAUGCUUGGCUCCAUCUGGCAUACCUUUCUGCAGACUCUACACCUAUCCUCUGUUACACUCAUGUCUUCCUUUCACCCUGCUUCUAAACUCUGGAAGUAAAUCAUACUGAUUUCAGUUGAGAUUUUAUUCAUGUUAAGCUUUGCCUGUUUAACCCUAUCAUACGCACUUAUCUUUUUCCCUGUCGGGUAAUUUCCACAAGCUUCCCUGUUCUGCAUUUCUCUCUGACUGGUUUCUGCCCUCCCCCUUUCUCCUUUUCUCCCCCUUGUGAAUCCCAGAUUAAUAAAUAAAAGUUUCAUUACUACCUAGGUUUGCAAAAAUGAUUUGAUUCCAAAAGAUGAUGAAUUUUAAGAGAAGCAAAAUGUCAGGCACAGCAGGGACAUUUUUUAAGCUUCAGUAAGUUAGGAUGGUGGAACACAAGCCCCAGUAUAAUUGUGUUGGCAGCCCCUAGUUAUCAGGAGCUAGGCAAGGGGACACAGCGGUCAAUUGCUUUGCUAUUUAAUGUGGCGGUUUUAUGUUUCCAAUGUGCAAUUGUAUAUUAAAAGUAUCUUUGCCCCCCUGACGUGGCUAAAUAAUGGGAUUUUGCUGCUGGGCUACACUUCUCUGUUACGGCAUGGGUAACAGGCAACCCUUUGCUGCUCUUUUCAGGGCUAACUACACAAGCGGAUGAUGCACCAUUUCUUUCUUUAAGAGACAACCUUAAUCAUCUGUGCCGAAAACUCCUUAGGAGAGCCACCCAUUCUGCAUUUGUCCAGCACAUUGGUCUAAUUUUUCUCCCAGAAAGCUGCCUUAUAUUGAGUCUCACCUAGCUUAGUGUUAUCUACAUUGAGUGACAGUGGCUCUCCAGAGUAUGAGAUUGGAGAGAGGCACCAGGGAUCAAUCCUGGGACCUUUUGCACACAUGGUUUGAGCUCUACAACUGAGCUACAGCUCUUCACCUUAUAUGCAGGGCUUAAAAGAAUGAAAAAGGCAGACGGCCUGGCACAAGUGGGUCAGGGCAAGGCUAACAGAUAAUUCAGCAUUCAGUUCUCUGGUGCAUACAUCUGUAUUAUCUGUCUGGUGUUCCUGGCAUAAGGAUUAUUCUUCACCCCUUUAAUCCAGAAGCAAGGGAUAUGUGGUGAAUCAAGGUUCUCAAAAUCCAUGCAAAUUGGUGUUUGCACUUCCUAAACCAUUUUACAAAUUAUUUACUCUCAAGCCCCAUCACAAACUUGAAAUUGAGGAGUAGGUGGGCACCAAAGCAAUGCAGAGCUUUUGGUAAAAUGCAGGCCAUUUUUGCGCCAUUUCUGAGAGAAUUACAAAGGGGGAAGGAGGCAACCUUGGACAGGGGUUAUUACUGCUGCAACAUUAAGCAAACCCUGUUUUAUUAAAGUUAUGGCUCAUGCUGGCAUUAGGGCAAUAGAGGUGUCAAUUCUCCUGUUAUUAACUCUACUGCCUAGAGGCAUAGAUUUCAGCAAACAUAUCCAAGAGCUGGAGCUAAUCUGUAGCAAAGAGUGGAGGCAAGGGGUAAUUUCCUCUGCCUAGCAUCAAACCAGAGGAGGGGCGGUCAAGGAAAACCACAGUAUUUCCGAAGAGAAAAGGGAAAGGGGGGGAAAUAUUGCCCCCCCACACCUGAUUUCCUACGAAUGAAACAUGAAAAGAAAUCAAUGUAGCUGAGGGCCAAGUAUGUUAUUGCUGUAAUAUUAUUCACCCUUUACAGAUUGCUUUAAUAGCACAAUCACAGAAAAGUCAUGCAGGGAGGCUGAGGAUGAUAUAGGGAGCUUUGUUGAUUUUGCCCUCCUCCUGCCCCAAGUAUAACGGAUAAAAAAAGUAAAGAAUGGGGAGAGGGACAGGAUCAGUGUGAAGAGAUGCUGUCAUUGAGAGCUUGAUUCUCCUACAUGAGCACAGAGCAUUGGCUUAGCCCCAACUCUCAGUGCACAAGAAAACAUUGUAGUUUAUUUUUGGGCUGAUGGGAAAGGUGUCAAGAAGACACAUGGGCUAGAAACUCCAAAGCUGGGUUCAAGAUACCAGUUUUAAAGGCAUUUGGGUCAGGACUUCCUUUGACUCCGUGCUGAUUUCUGGAAAAAGUUAGUAGGAACGUUGUUCAUUCAAAAUGAAAAGGUAGGCUAGAGUAGAGCAGACAGAAGGCAUAGAUGACAAGAUAAAGACUCGGUGUGUAUGUGUGCGCAUUCGUAUUGUUCCAGUAUAUUGCAUGCAAUAUAAUGGUGAGUUUAGAUGGCAGAUCUUGCCAGCCGAUCAGGAAUUCAGGGACAAGUGAUAGGGUGCAGCAAGGGUGAGAAAUUAAAAACACCAUGGAAAACAGGAGGGGAAGUUGAAAUAAACCCAAUAACAAGUUUUUAUGUGUUGGAAUGUAUAUGUGAAAUUUUUGAAAUUUAUUAAAAUACAAUGAAUGAUAAAAAAUGGAAUUCAGGGACAGGAGACCCUAGAGGUGCUCUAAAGACAAUGAAAACUGUUCUGAACUACCUUUUGGCAGUAUUGCAGCAUUUCCAGAACCAAUAAAACCACAGAUCUCCUGGGAAGCUAGUUAGCUGUGGCAGGGCUUAUAAAAGGAAUCUCAUGUCCCAGAAGAAAUAAUGAUGGCAUAUAUUCUGAUAGAGUUGUACCAGAACCCUCAAACACCUCUGCAUAGUGGGUAGCUGCACUGGCUAGUAGUACUUAAUGUAGUAGUUCCCAAGCAGUAGCAAGAAGCUUCUGCAACUAUAAUCCGAUGGAAAGAACAUAGAAAUACAUUAAAUAAAUAACUUCAUUUUAAAAAUUGCCAUCGUUUUAGCCAAUAUAAAACUUUGAUUAAUUAUAGAUGAAAAUUACCGUAAUAGGUGAAAAUUAAUAGGUGACAACGAACAGAUAGGACUCCUCUUUCCUCCUCCACCAUCAAUAUGUCUGCCUUCACAAUGCUAUAAGAGUGUGCAUGAUUUAAAAACUAAAAAGCUAACCCUUUGUUGUUCUUCUUGUUCUCGUUUCUGCCCGCUGUUGUUUCAGGAACACUUUUAUGCCACUGUUUGAUGCCGGAAGGACAUGGAAAGAGGCCAGCCCUGACAGCGAAGCUUACCACCGCAGACCUGUCCUUGUUUUCCGCUGGCAAGCUGGCCAUGCCCUUCAGAUGAGCUGUGACCUCCUGAGGAUGAUGCCAAGCUCUCGUGUCAAGAACAUGCUCCAUCCCGAUGAGCAGAGGAAGGAAGAGUCCUCCCGCAGUAGCAUGCACUGUCCCAGCCAACAGAGGCCCCGCCGUGUACAUAGCCAAUGAGAUGUCUGUAAAGGAUUGCGCCUUCUUGUACAUUUCCCUCAUCCCCUUUCAACUUGUUGAUUGUGUCAAAAUUGUCAGAGUUUGUAACAGUAACUUUCAAAAAAAUAUUGUACUAAAAACUGAAAAUUGCACUCAAUAAAAAUUACGAAAUAACCUUGAUUUUGGGAAAAAACCCACUUUAGUAGCGGAGAGAUUGAAGAAUGCUAUCUGAAGGGAAGGGGGCCUGGUUUAUGAGUAUGGCAUGUUGUGUAUUAGCAGCAGAAUCCAAUCUGCAUUAGUAGGAACAUCAACAUAUUUGGGUGGCAUUCAACUAAGUUCUGUGCGUUGAAAUUUAACAAACACAACUACAUUAGGUUCAUAAACUUCAAUGUAUCUACUGCAGGGCUGUAAUAUGUCCAGGUUUUCCCAGAUCAUCAAAAUGGUGUCCAAAUCGGAAAAAUGUCCUGGAAAACCCGGACGUAUGACAACAAAGAUUUUCACUUUGGGGGAGAUGGCAACCCUAAUCUUGUCGGAGUAAAACUUUGUUGAAUGCCAUCCUUUCAUUCUAAGGCUUCUUUCUUGUGCAAUAUUGUUAUAUUUGGGUAAAGAUACCAAAGUACAAACAACAUUGCCUUACAAAGGGAGCCUGCGUGUUUCAAGAAAUUAAUUUCCAUAUAUGAAAAAGUCAUAUGGCCUUUGCUUCCAUCUACUUUAAGAUUUGAAAUUUGUGCACACUUUAUAAUUGGCUUGGUACAUAUGUGAUUUUGUACUUGAAUCAUAUAUGGUAUCAGCCAAAAGUUUAUUGGGUUUUGAGAUAUUUGGCAUAAUAUCCAUUUGGACCACACCCCUUUGAAUGACUCACAGGGAUGCUCAAGAGAUAGUUGAUGCCAAAUAGCUUUCUGCUCCAAACUUGCUUUUUUUAAGGUGAGAAAGAAAGGAGCAGGGAUGAGGUUGCAACAUACUGGAACUGGAAGAAAAGAGAGAGUAGUUUUGAUUGCUGCAGUUUAGGUGCAACAGAGUAGAAAAAUGUGGGUUGCUUACAAUCCGAUCCUAUGCACAUUAACCCAGAAAUAAUAAAACCCACUGAUUUUCAGUGGGAACAUACUCUGAGGGCAAGUGUGCAUAGGACUGUGUCUUUGCUUACUUAAUUACAACUCAAAUAUGAACUUGCAGUAAAUAAAUGCUGAGUCACUCGUAUCUGCUAAGGCUGAUAAAGGGGAUGUUUGAAACAAAUAUGUUUUGCAAAAAAAAGUGGGAUUGUAGAAAUUGAACAAGUAGGUCUGAUUAAGCACUGGAUGUUUGUUUGUUUGUUUUGAAUGAGGAAUCAGCCAUUUUUUGUUUCAUUGGCCCAGUACACCUUAGUGUAUCUUGAAAAACUGUUUAACACCUAGCAAUUACUAAAAUCUAAUCAAGUCUUCACAAGUCCUGUAUUCCUUCUUAAGGUAGUUUCAAAGGACAUAUAUUGUGGCUUUAACAUCAUGCCAUCUUUUUCUCUCCACUCUGUUUUGCCUGGGGGAAAGUUCUGGAGAACUCAAACCUUGCUCACUUUUAUGACAUUUUUGUUGGUCCUAAUAAAGAUGUCACCACACUGUGAAAUUUGAGUUUUUUUCCCUAUUGACCAACAUGGCUAUCUUUGAAGUAUGAAACAAAUAAGAAGUAGUUGGUCAACCCUUAUUACUUGCCCUACUCCAGAACAUAAAUAUCACACCUUUUUAAACUUUGUUCAAGGCCCUCUACUGGGUAAAGUAGCUUUUCUAGAAGGCAGCUUUCACCAAGAGCUUCAGAGAGCUCCCCCAUUCUUAUCAUAGCUGUCAACGUUUCCCUUUUUUAAGGGAAAUUCCCUUAUUCCAAGUAGGAUUCCUCACAAGAAAAGGGAAAAGUUGACAGCUAUGAUUCUUAUACACAAGAGCCCACAAGUAGGCAUCCCUCCGUGAUUCCCUUUCACCCCUAGACUGGCAACUGGAGAUUGCAAGGGCACCCAUCAGGGAAUGGAUUUCAUUCAGGGACUGACAUUUUUAUAAUGCUGUUGUUUCCAAAGCCAUUUAUGAAACCUGAUUGUCUGUUUAGACAGAUUUGUGUCCUGGGCUAAUGUUUCAUCAGUGUGGAGUAACUCUAGGACUGGGUGGCUCAACUCUGACAGAGGAAUAAAAUGAGUGCUCUCUGUAGUGGAGCUUAAUUUACAGGGGAUAUGGACAAUUUUGCAAUGACCCCUAAAGGCUGGUUUUAAAAGUGGUUUGUGUCUUUUUCUCAACUACCCUUUCUUACUAAUGAUUAUCCCCUGUUCUCAUUUGUUCGGGUGGCAGGAUGGACCUCCGAGAUUUUCAUUUUCAGGCUGUGAACACACUGUAUCUUUAAAGCACAUUUGAAACACAUUCUUUUCCUCAAAGAAUUCUGGGCACUGUAGUUUGUUAAGAGCUGCUGGAAAUUAUAACUCUGAGAGGUGAAUUACAGUGCCCAGAAUUCACUGAGGGAAAGAAUGUGUUUCAAAUGUAAUUUAAAGGUGUAGUGUGUACACAGCCUUAGGGUCAUGUGGUAAAGUCAACUUAGAAGCUACUUGCAAAAAAGGAGAGGCUCCCAGUUUCUGUUGCCUCAGAAAGGCAGGGUGUGCUUGGGUUUCCAGAAAGAUACCACAGAACUUCUAAUAACAACUGGAACAGAAGAAAACCAUAGGAAAGCUGCUAAAAAAUAUGAAGCAAGCCAAGGCGAAAUUUCAAGACUCACAUAGUUGGAAGGUAUUUCAAAGGUAAUCUAGUCCAACCACUCCUGAUACAAGAAACCCAGGGCUACAGCAUCCAAACAAGGUGGUCAUCCAUUCUCUGCUUAAACACCUCUACUGAAGAAAAUCUAGACUUCCAAGGCAGUCUGUCUCAUGAUGAACUAGUUUGUGCUAUCAUAAAUUUCUUUCCAAAGUUUAAUCUUGACCCUUUUCAUUGUAAUUUGCACCAGCUUCAUCUUUGGGGGCAUGAGUGGCAUUCAUUUUCAUGUGUAGGGAUCAAUAUAAAGAACUGGACUCAAUGGAACCAUUGGGAUUGUGGUGAGGCUAGACAUGUUUCUUGCCACUGGGUAACCCCAACCAUGAAGAAUCGAACCUGCACCUAUUUACAUAGCCACCAUAGUGAAUUCUCACUUUUUGUUGCACUGGAGUGAGGGAGAAGGCUUCAUCCUAGCAGAAAGUACUUCCUUGACACCUGCAAGAGAAAAGAAUAUCUUCCUCCUACAUGAAGUUAAGCAAAAUAAAAUAAAAUCAAAGCGGGGAAACGGCUGUCUGGGGUAUAAAGGUUGGAGCUCACAUAUCAUUUUAGCAGAUAUGUAAUUCUAGCAUACAAUUUUAACAUGCAAUUUUAGUAAGUAUAGUAGUUUUUAAAUUGCUGUUUUUAUUUUAUAUUUUUAAAUAUUUGUAUUUUAAAAGUUAUAUUUACAUUUUAUGUAACUUGUUUCCAUGUUAGCUUGCAUUGCUACUUUUAAUGAAUAUUUUAGAUUGUCUUUUGUAAAGCAGUUAGCAGUCUUUAAUUUGAGUAAUAUAUGAAUGUUGUUAACCUAUAUAAACAGUGCAUUACUUUGUGC